UGAUUCGAAAAAUUCGCCAGGAAAAAGAAAUUGGGUUCGUCUGGAAUCGUUUCUCAAUCGGACCGACCCCGACCAACUCGCCGUCCCGAACCGACUCAACUCAUCGGGAAGACGAAGCAGAAGAACCCCACGUCGUUCUCACCCCUCCGUCUCAUCUGUGGCGACGGCAGAAGUAGAGGCGUGGAGCGCGGCGCGACUGACUGACCGACCAGGCGACAUGUUCUCCAUUGCGGCCAUCAACGAAAGCGACUCCGGCGGCAAGUGGGAGCCCCUUGCCCCCACCAAAGAAGCUCAGGAAUUUCAUCUUUCCCAGACGUAUCAUGAAGGCCUCCUGAAAUUGCAAGAUAAAGAUUAUAUAAAAGCUCGUGAGCUUUUGGAAUCAGUUUUAAAAGAUCCUAUUAUAUCAAGUGCUCAGGUUGGUAAUGUUCCUAGUGACCGGCAUCUAUUACAGCUAAGAUUCUUGUCACUGAAGAAUCUUGCAACUGUCUUCCUUCAACUAGGCCCUAUGCAUUAUGAGAAUGCACUUCACUGCUAUCUCCAAGCUACUGAACUUGAUGAGACUGACUCAGUUGUUUGGAAUCACCUGGGAACGUUAUCUUGCAAAAUGGGGUUGUUGAGCACUUCAAGAUGGGCCUUUGAGCAAGGACUAUUAUGCAGCCCUAAUAAUUGGAACUGCAUGGAGAAAUUACUUGAGGUACUGAUAGCCAUUGGGGAUGAGGUUGCAUGCCUUUCUGUAGCAAAUCUAAUACUUGGACAUUGGCCAUCACAUUCUCGCGCUUUGCAUGCCAAGGAGACUAUUGAGGAUUCAGAGCCAGUCAACGGUAAGCCGUUUGCAGCUCGUGGUAUUGAUAAGUUAGAACCCAAACAUGUUAGACUUGAAUUUCCUGAGAAAAGAAAAUUGGAAGACAAUGAAAUUAGCAAUAUUAAUAAAUGCAAAAAACGCAAGCUAGCCAUAGAACUGCAGUUGACUGGAGCAACAUGGUCAGCCCUUAUAGAUGCAAUCCUAGGCAUCUUUCAUCAGUCAGCUACUGAAGAUUCUGUGCCGGGGUUUAUGGAUGAUCAUGACUGCAGAAGAAAUGAAAAUUUUUCUAGUAAGCCUGGAAAAGGAUUAUCUGGUGAUGGAACCUCUAAUUGUAGGAGCUUUGGAAUCCAAACCAUUGAGAGCAUGGGUAGGUUUGCUGAUGUGAAGAUAGAUAUUCACUUGAAUGAAUUUCCUGAGAUUACUAUUGAUCCUGCUAAAGGGAAAGAUCAAGGCUUGUCUCCUGUUGGUGGAUCUGCAUCACUGGGUCUCCAUGUCCUGGAGAAAACAGCAAUAGUCAAAGAAAAAGAUAGUAGUACAGAUAGAGAGCAUCCCCAGGAAAGGCGAAGCACAAGAAUUGAAAGGCUUAGAAGUCGGAAAUCAGGUAAAGAAGAAUCAGAAGCCAGUGGAAAAAAUCAAGCAAAUAUUGUCUUUCAGAUUUUGGAGCCCUUUGUCUUACGAAGGUCAAGAAUUGAAGAUCAACCUUGUACAUUCACUUCUGAUGGCACUUCCCCAGACUAUGCCACUUAUAACUCUGAAGUUGAACAUAAGGAUGUUGUGCAAUUUGUAUAUAAAAUUUCCAAAAACUCUGGCGCUCAUCAUGUUGUUCAUUUGUUGUUGGAAGAGGUUGCCUACAAGCAUAUUCCUUUUCAGGAUAGUUUUGUCAAGUUGCUGGAAUUAGAAAAGUUGACUAGAAAUUGGGGUCAGGAUCGGUCUCCAUUAUGCAGCUUAUUUCUUGCUGAGAUAUACUAUGACCUGGGAUCGUGGGUUGCUAACAGAUCAAAUCAGUUGGAGUAUCUUUCUGAGGCUUCUUAUCAUCUUUGCAAAGUUAUUGAGUUGGUAGUUUUUGAUGGUACAAAUGACUUAAUUGGUACAGACAAUCAUUUCAGCAAUACCCUAACUAUGAUGGAGAUGAAUGAUAUUAAAGGAGGAUCAUUGCUUGCAGAUGAAAAGGUUGAGAAACAAAGUAUGUUUUUGUCAAACACUUCUGGAAGUAGUGUAGGAGAAGCAAACUUAGGUGAUUCUCUCUUGCAAGGAAAAAAUGAGCAUGACUCUACUAUAACAGAUGAUACUGCUUUUUGGGUACGUUUCUUCUGGCUAAGUGGUAGACUCUCCCUUUUUGAAGAUUCCAAGGCAAAAGCCUUCAAUGAAUUCUGUAUCUGUUUGACACUUUUGCGGAAUAAUAAGAAAUUGGAAGAGGCUUCUGAUUUUGUCUUUCUUCCUCAUUGCAAGCUCAUGAGAUUAAUAACUGUUGAUAGAAUCCUCCAUCAAAUUAACUUGCUGAAAUUGGACUCAUUACUAGGGAAAUCUUCUGAUGAAAUGAUGGAUAAAGGAAUGUUCAUGGAAUGCAUGAAUAUGCUCUCCCCUCUUCUGCUUUCUACUAGAGAGGUGUAUCUGGAUAUUAUGUUUGGUCCCCUGAAAGAAAAAGAUAGAAAUAUGCCUAUGGAGUUAUCUGCACUAAAUCUUCUUAUUUCAGCAUGUGAAAAGACAGAACAGAUGGAUCUUCAGGUAUAUCUAAAUUGUCACAGAAGAAAACUUCAAAUGUUGACUGUUGCAGCUGGUAUGGAAUCUCUUAUAUUAUCAAGGGGAAAAAACCUACUGCUCAAAUCUUGCGGUGCUUAUGAAGUUGACUUGGCAGAUCCACUGAACAAAACCUGGAAAGUUCUGGUUUCUGAAGAAGUAAAAGAUAUCUCUCGAACUGUAACUUGUGUGAAGAAUUUUAUUGAUCAAGGUGGCUAUAAUGAUGAUUUCAGUUCCUUGGUUUGUGUGAUAUCAGAUAUUCAAUUGCUGCUCCUGACAGUUAUGUGCAGUGCAAUAAGAACAAUUGUCAGCCAAAAGUUUUCGAGUUCAGUAACUUCAGGUCAAACUGAUCAACUGGAGAGCUGGUGCCUUGUAGAUGCAGCCACUGCGUUUUGCAAACUCCAACACCUUGACUCUUUUGUUUCUAUCAAAACCCAAGUUGACCUAAUUGUGGCUGUUCAUGAUUUGCUUGCGGACUAUGGACUUUGUUCUUCUGGUAGGGACAGUGAAGGGGAGGAAGGCAAAUUUCUUAAGUUUGCAAUCAAGCAUCUUUUAGCUCUAGAUGUAAAAUUUAAACAAUUGACUGGUGCAAAUGGACAAGAGGAACCUGCCUCUCCACGUAAGCACCCUCAAGAAAUUGUCUCUGUUUGCAAUGUCACUUAUGAUGAAGGUGAAAAGGGUGAUGAUGCAUUGCAUACUGGAAAGAGGGCUGAGUUAGACUCUACAGUCCAAGAAAGUCAUAACACUAUAGUUGGCGAUACUACUAGUUCUCUUCCUGAGGAAGAAAUAGAGGAAAUAGAGUUGACUCUAGAUACUGCCUUAGAUCAGAGCUUUUUUUGCUUAUAUGGACUCAAGUUAAACCUGGAUUCUUCAAAUGAAGAUGAACUAGCCAUUCAUAAAAACACUAAUCGCGGAGAAUACCAAACUAAAGAGCAGUGUGCUGAUGUAUUUCAUUAUCUCUUACCUUAUGCGAAGGCUCUAUCAAGAGCUGGUUUGGUUAAACUUAGAAGGGUGCUUCGGGCUAUCCGUAAACACUUCCCCCAGCCACCUGAUGACAUGCUAUGUGAGAAUACAAUCGACAAAUUCCUAGAUGGUGUGGAUUUAUGGGAAGAUAAGCUUCAAGAGGUUUCUGGACUUGGUGAAGGUCGUGAAUUGAUAACUAAUAUUAUAUCUAAUGCAAGAGACCUUGAGACUACAAAAAGAUCAUCCAUUGUGAGCUCUGAGCAAUACCUAGAGGUUUAUGGCAACUUGUAUUAUUUUAUAGCCCAGGCUGAAGAGAUAAGUGCUAUUGACAAAUAUGCUGGUUUUGUACUUAAAAAAGAAGGAGAGGAAUUUGUGGAACAAAGUGCAAACCUCUUUAAGUAUGACCUACUAUACAAUCCCCUGCGAUUUGAGAGCUGGCAGAAGCUUGCAAAUAUUUAUGAUGAGGAGGUGGACUUGUUACUGAAUGACGGCAGCAAACAUAUAAGUGUAUUAGAUUGGAAGAAGAAUACUGCUCUGCAUCAAAGAGUUGAGGCUGGUCGAAGGAGGAGUAGACGUUGCUUGCUAAUGAGUUUAGCUUUAGCUAGUACUCCAUCUCAGCAGAGUCAAAUCCAUGAAUUAUUGGCUCUUGUCUACUAUGAUAGCCUUCAGAGUGUUGUCCCAUUUUAUGACCAGAGAUCUAUUGCACCAACAAAGGAAUCUUCUUGGAUGGAAUUUUGCAAAAAUUCAAUGAAACAUUUUGAGAAGGCUUUUGUGCUCAAAUCUGAAUGGCUCCAUGCUUUUUACCUUGGAAAACUGUGUCAAAAGAUGGGGCAAUCACCUGUUAAAGCACUGUCUUACUUUAACAAAGCGGCUCUACUAAAUCCUUCCGGUGUUGAUCCUGUGUACAGAAUGCAUGCAUCAAGAAUGAAGCUGCUAUAUAUUCAUGGAUAUGAAAAAAUAGAUAUUCUUCAGGCUGUUGCUGCGCAUGUCUUUCAUCAAUCAACUAGGGAGACAAUCUUAGACAUGUUUCAAAUGUCAAAUGAAGAUCUUAUGCAGUUUACUGCAGAUACCACUGAUGUCCCUGUUCAAGAUGAUCUGCAGAAAAGAAAGAACAUCGAUCCAAAGAUAUUAGAAAAUGCCUGGCAUUUACUUUAUGAUGAUUGUCUCGCUGCUCUUAGAAUCUGUGUGGAAGGGGAGCUGAAACAUUUCCACAAGGCAAGGUACAUACUUGCUAAAGGGUUAUAUAGAAGGGGGGAGUCUGGAGACGUGGAGAGGGCAAAGGAAGAGCUCUCCUUUUGUUUCAAAUCAUCUCGAUCUUCAUUUACUGUGAACAUGUGGGAGAUUGAUGGCAUGGCAAGAAAGGGAAGGAGGAAGAAUCCCGGCCUUGCUGGGAAUAAAAAAUGUCUCGAGCUCAGCUUAUCUGAAAGUUCUAGGAAGUUCAUUACUUGUGUCCGUAAAUACCUGUUAUUCUAUUUGAAUCUUUUGGAGAAAACUGGGGAGUUGUCGACUUUGGAGAGGGCUUAUUCGUAUAUCAAAACAGAUAAGAGGUUUGCUUUAUGCUUGGGAGAUAUCAUACCGGUUGCUCUUGGAAAGUACAUCCAGGUUCUGAUUUCAUCAAUACGGAAUACUGAGAAUUAUAGUGGAAAAAAUAAUCCCUCUUCGAUGGAACAAAUGUUAGAAAAAUUGUUCAACAUCUUCAUGGAUCAUGCGAAUAUGUGGACAGAUAUAAUCACCUUACCCGAGUUAAAGAUGGCAGACCUAUCUGAAAGCAAUCUCUACAGUUACAUUCACCAGUACAUCCACUUGCUGGAAACUGACAUUCGUUUGGAUGCGCUCGAAGCCAUUAAUGAAAGGAUCAGGAAGCGAUUUAAAAAUCCUAAGUUAACAAACAAUAAUUUGGCCAAAAUUUGCAAGCAUGCAUCUUUAGCAUGGUGUCGUUCUAUCGCCAUUAAGUUGGCAUUAAUUACUCCUCUAACUGAUACCAGAGAGCUCAACCAUAAGCCAGGCAGUUCAGAAAAUAGCCUACUACUUUUUGUUGACUUACAGCCUGACGAACUAAUGGUUUCACAAUCAGAAGGCACUUUUCAAUCCAAGGGGCUCGAUAUGAACUGGUUUGAAGCUUUAUGCAAAAUCAAGAACGUGCAGGUUAGACAAGCAUUAGAAGAAAAUAUGGAGGCUGCCGUUGCUUUGAUGAAAUGUACCUACAAUUUCUAUCGAGAUAGUUCUUGCGGGACACUUCCAAUGGGCAUCAAUGUGUACACAACAUGUUUUUCCCAGCCAUCUGUAGAAGGGUUACAGCAGCAAGGAAAGGAGAUGGUUAAUAUCCUUGAUUUAAGUAUCCCAAGGAAGCUGCUUUUAUGGGCAUACACUUUGGUGCACGGGCGAUAUUCCAAUAUCUCAACCGUCGUAAAGUAUUUCGAAGAUGCCAGGGCAAGGAUGAAGAGGGGCACUGUGCUGGCUACAACAUCACCAGCAAACGUACCCACAGCUGCUGCUGCUGCUGUUGCUGCAACUGUAACUCAUGCAGCAUCAGGAGCUUGUAGAGAGAAGCCCGAAGGCAAUGAACAUGCUGAAACAGAGGACACUCCUUUAUGUUCCACGGCUCUGCACUCCGAGGAAACUGUGCGUGUUCUUGUUCCCGCUCUCAGUGAAGCUCAGAAAUCUGCCGCAGGAUCUUCACAACUUCAACGUUGCAGCACCACAAAAUCAGAUGAAAACACCGAUGGGUGGAGCGGCAGCUAGCAUUUGUUUGAAUGGAUCAGUCAACUUACACCGCCAACAGUUUGCCUGUGCAAGAGAUGUCGGAAUCAGAAAGGCACUAAUUGUUAUCAUCUGAUAUUGUUGCAGGAGGCAACUUAUCCUACUGCGACAACAAUACCAGGAGAAAAGGCCAGUUCUUUGAACAUUGAACCAUCGAGGAAGAUGUAAUUUUUCUUCUUCAUAUUUUGUAGUUUUUUUAAAAAGCUAAGUGAAUUAUCACUUUUUAUUGUUUUUAUCAGAUAUUUCCUUCUGCUUAAGAGCGUGGACUUUUGUUUUUACUCUUGUUCCUUCAAACCGUAAAUGAUCUUGCCAGUAUUUUCUUUGAUUGUA